AACUUUAAAUGUUUUUAAUUUCUAUAUUAUUAUACUUUAAAUGUAUAAGAAAUGUUUAAUUGGAAUAAUUAUUAUGCAAUCAUUGAUUACUACUUGUGCUCAAUUUCAAGAUCAUGUAAUACUUUGGGAUGCUAAUAACUGGAGAUUUAAAGAAGGUCAAAAUGAAAUCAACGUCAAUGAAGGUGACAAUUUGAUUUUUAUCUGUCCAUCAAAUCGAACAUUUUCCCAAUCACUUUAUUGGACAAAUGAUUCACGAGUAACAAUAAAAUGCAAUCAAACUAUACCAAUUAAAGUAAUUAAACUAUUAGAUUGUUUCGGUGAUAAUUAUGCAACGGAAUUUCUACUCAAAAUUAGUAGAUUUCAUGAAAUUUCAUCUCUUCCAGUAUUUCAUCAUGAAUUACCAAUUCAUUUUGUAGCUCAAUCGGUUAUUUGUCAAAACAGUAACUUCCGCCUAAGUGUUAAGCUGGCGUCAACACAUAGGACCACAAGCACAGAUAACGUUUCCAAUGGUUCCGCAACAUAUAUCCAAAAGUCUAACUUGACAGAUCAUUAUGAAAAAUCUCCUACCUCAAAUAAAUCAUCCUAUUUUCAUAUUAAACGGAAAAUUGCAAAAUUUAUCUCUAAUCUUUCUUCGACUUCACAUUUAAAUCAUGAAUUUACUAGUACAGAUCAAACAACCUGGAAAGAAUAUCGUUUUCUUAUUUUACCAGCAACAUUAGCUUUUUUUACAUUAAUUGGAAUGCAAAUUGUUUUUUGUAGUUUUUGGUUACCUAUUUCAGUGAUCAAUAAAUUCUUUAAACAUUUUCGACAAUGUAAACGUUUACAAAAAUUGAAAUCACAAUCUAAUCAGAAAAUUAAACAAAAUGAAACUAAAACAAUGAUGGUUUGCAAAGAAAAUUAUCAAGAUCCAAAUCAAAAUUUAUGUUGUAGUAUACCGUCUCAAACAUCAGUGAAUUCUUGUACAAUACAUUCAAUGAAUAAGUCAUUUUCUAAUUGUAAUCCAUAUAUUACUUCUUAUGAUCAAUCAAAUGAUUGUAAAUUAUUAAAUCAAAGUGAUGAAAUGAAUUGUCAUAAUGAAAAUGAUCAAUUUCAAUUGUUAAUACCUAAGAAAUCAUUAAUAGAUCAUUAUGAUUAUUGUAAUCAAACAGAUUUAUAUGAACAUUCAAAUGUAUUAUGUAAAUGUUCCUAUCAACAACAUCAACAGAUUAUUAUGAAAUUAAAUAAAAAUCAUACAAAUAUUUUACCGAUUUUUAUUUCAUCUAAUAUAAAAUGA